AUUUCGACAAAUAUCACAUCCACAUGAACACAAUUUUUCUGUUCCAUCUUUUGGAUGUGAUUUUCGUCUUACAAACAAAGGAAAUCAGAAGAACUUAAGCCGGCAACAAUCAGUCCCUCGGACAACCUCCGAAUUUAAACAAACAAAUACAACACAGCUGACAACAAGUUAUCAACCACAACCUUUGAAUUCAGUCAUCACUACAAAAGGACCUUCAGUAGAUCAAACUGCAGAUUUCACUUAUUCUACAAGACCUCAAAUUAAAGAUACACAGAAUGAAGCACAACAAGGCAGUGCUCUCAUCAGCCAUAAGGCAAUUGACAGACAACCAAUGACCAGUGAAGCUUCUGCUGUCUCUACUUCACCACUAGGUAAACAACUUAGAUCCAGACCCGGUUCAAUGUAUCUCCCGAAGUUGAAUGAUGAUGUACACUUAUCCGAGAGAAAUAUGAACCCGGAAAGAAAUAGAUUGUUACAGUUACCUCAUUCAAAGUCGUUACGUAAUAGUCCCGGGCUGCCUACUGCAUCAGAAAGUCAACAUGGCAAUACUGUACAACAGAGAGGUUCAUAUCUCAACAGAAAUGCAGAUAAACGAAUACCUUCUUCUAACUCAAUGUCACCUCUUAAUAGUAUUAAAUAUGAUCCCAGUCAGCCUGGUACUACCAGUAAUGGACAAACUCAACCCAGUUUCAAUAAUCCACAACAAGUUGAAAACCGAGUGAGUUAUCCCCAAUGGCGACAAUACCAAUCACAACCACAACCAACAAUGAGUCAGCCUUCACAGUCACUUCAGCCUCCGCCUCCUGGUGGGUGGGUUAUGCCGCAAACUGAAGUUUCUACACCUCAAUUGCAAACAACUGCUCCGAAUAAUCCGAUGGCUCAUACAGCUUCAUCACAUAUGACAUGUCGAAUACUCUCGCUCAAAGCCUGUCAUCAUCUAUGUCUUCAUCAAAUGUAA